GGUGCAUAAGAAUCUAUUGGUGGAGUGGAGAAAGUACCGGUAUAUGUUGGGAGAUUCCAAACAAGAGGAAGGACACUGCGCAUGGUGAACUAUGAAACUCCCUGCAAGAGGUUGUGAUGCAAACGGCCACCAACUUGGAUGGCUUUAAAAGUUGUUGGCAUCCUUCUUUCUCGAGAGGCAAUGGAGUGCUCCUCCAGGGGUGAAGUUGUACCGCAGCACGGAAGUGACUUUCCUCAGUGUGCAACGCCUGGGCAGUGUAUAUGGGGGUCCUGGGCUGCCCAGACGACAAGACCCCCUUCUCAGCCUCGCUGGAACUCAUGUGGGACUCAGGAGAAGGCUCUCAGUGGCUAUUAGCCAUGAUGGCUAGGUUCUCCCUCCACAGUCGGAGGCCGUAAUGUUUCUGAACAUUGGACUCUCAAGUGGGGAGCGAGGGCGUUGCGCUCAGGUCCUGCCCGCGCGCUUCCCCUUGGGGAUCCCGGUUGCUCACUGCACUAGAUGGGUCCCCUUUGGCCUGACCUCUCCUGAUCUUGAUUCACGUUGUCAUCACCGCCGCUUCGGGUUCGGGGUGCCGCUUCGAGCAAAGGGGAAGCCUCCGCCGGGUGGGGCGCGAGCCAGCCACCCCCCGCGCUCCUCCCCACCGCUUGCCGGCAACGCUUCCACGUGACGGCGAGGCUGGAUCCAGGGAGCCGCCCACCGGGAGCCGAGCGAAAGAAAACACUCGGCGGCGGGCGGCGAGAGAGGCAGUGAGCGCACCUGCUCGCUGCGCACGGAGGCGCACCGCUCGCCAAACCUCUCCAAGGGCGCGCCUGACCUCUCCAAGGCGCGCAGGGAAGAAGACGGAGAGGUCGCCUCUCGCUCGCCACGUGCGCCGCUGUCCCUCGUCCCAUGGCCCUUCCCGGCCCGAGGUGAGCCAGCCAGAGAGGGCCCUCCAUGCCGGCGCGCCAGAAGCAGGAGAAGAAGAAGAAGAAAGGCGCCAGCGCUGGCCGCGUGGAUGCGGCGGCGCUGCUGCUGCGGGAGCGCACGGCAGCCGGAGCAGCCACGGGCUCCCUGGGCCAGCCGCCUCCCGCCGCCGCCGCCGCCCUGCCGAGGAUGUUCAGCUGCGUGGGCUGCUUCUGGGUCCUCUUGUCCUCCUGCCUCGUGGCCGUCUGCAGCUUCAGCUUCCUCUCGCCGGCUUGGAUCGUGAAGGAGCGCGGCGGCGGCGGGCGGCGUUUGGUGGUGGCCACGGCCGCCGCCCUGGAAGGCAGCGAAGGCGGCGGCGCCGGCGGCGGAGAGGUCAGCUUCGGGCUGCUGUGGCACUGCUCCGAGUCCCUGCGCCACAUGUACGACUGCUACACCUUCGGCGGGCUGGGGAGAUUCAGCGAGAUCCCCUCCGGCUCCUGGCAGACGAGUGCUGUGCUCUGUUCGGGGGGCUGUGCUCUCCUAGCCUUCAGCUCCCUCCUGGCUGUCAUUGUGAUCUUCCUUCCCAGCGGGCCGUGCGAGAGGAGGGUCUGCACCCUGGCUGGCUACAUUCAGACGGCAGCGGUCUUCAUCAUGGGAUUUGGGCUCCUUGUCUACCCCUUCGGUCUCGGUUCCACUGCCGUGCAGAGGCACUGCGAAAAUUCAAGCAUCUACUAUGCUGGCGACUGCCAGAUCGGAUGGGGCUACAUGCUGGCAAUCGUGGGUGUCAUGCUCUCUGUCUUUCUGCCCUUCUUUGCAAAAUACGCCCCGAAAGAGCACGCCUCCCCCACUCCGAUACCCACAAUUUUAUAGUACUUUCCCAGUAUCGAACAUCCAGAUGUUCCCACCUGAAAUCGGCGGACAGAAGAAAUAUUAGGGCACUUCCCGUUGAGCCUCAUUGCUAAGAAAUGAAUGGGCAGGGGGAGCAGUAGAAAUGACAGCAAGAAGCACUUGAAUGACUAUAAAAGACCCAAAGUGCACUGAUGAGUCUUCCAUACACAUGAGAAAUGGACGUUCUGGAUCUGCAUAAUGGGUGCUCAGCAGUGGUUGGGUCGCCUUGGACAUUUAUAAUGGCUGAACGCCUCAAAAAAACCUGUUUUUUAUCCUCAAAAAUCUCUGUCUACCUCCCAGUUUCUUUGUGUGCGUGUGUGUCUCAAAACCUUUUUUAAAGCCUCAAUCCACUUUUUAUAUCUUGUUUCUUAAAUAUCUGGACUUUUUUGAACCUGCUUUUUGGUUUUUUCCAGCCUGAUCUGUGCUAUUUUGUAAAGUAAUAUAAUAAAUGGUAAUUUUUGGGGAGGGGGCAUUCCUUGGAAAUGAGUUGAGUUGUGGCAAAAAUUGUGUGCCGUUGACAACAAAUGUGUCUCUUCCUCGCCCUCUGUGGCCGAAUCAGUGCAUGCCAGUCCUGAAAAUGUACAGAGACACCUUUUUCUAAGAUCAAAAGUGUAACUCUCUGAAUUGGCUGUUAAAACUUUUUUUUUUUUUUUUGGCUAGGUUAAAGAGGUAUUUUCUGUGCCUAAAAACAUGUGGCUCAUAUUUCAGGAAGAGCAGGGCAAGAUUCUCAGCCUGGCUUAGAGGGCUCCCCCUUCCUUUUCUUCACGAUGAAAUUAUUUUUAAGAGCCUUUGCUGUGGCGGCUCCUGAAUCUCUCAUCAUUAACUGUGACAACUGCUAACUUGGAUUGGUUUAAAAGGGGAUUAGUCAAGUCCACAGAGAAUGGUAGAUCUAUCAGUGGUUUCAAGUCAAGAUAGUUGAUCUGAUGCAGCAGAGCUCCUAUUACAUUGCUAACUAUAGUAAAUAUGAAGAACGCAAUUCAAAAAUCCUCUUUUUUUUAAGCAAAUGGCAUUGUGCCUAUAGUAUCUGUACCUGAUGCAUAGCCCCAUAUAAUUGCUUAAUUGGUCUCUGUGUCUUUGCUAGGGAGUUGGCCAUAAAUAUUAGUGUUUCUGAGAAUUAGCUGUGUGUGGUCACUCAAUCUUUCUCUUCCUGCUAAACUUCCACUGGAACAACAUACACGUGAAAGGCAGAGGCUGUCCCUUUAAACCAGUGGUUCCCAAAUUGGGUGACACUGCCCCAUGGGGGGGGUGUCAAUGGAAUUACUUAGGGGGUUGCUAAGAGGCAUGGGGGGGUUGCUGGAUAUAUAAUUUUUGGCUGGAUGUGUAACAGUUUUGUUGAAUCUAGUUUAAUUUAGUUCAACAAAACCGGUGAUCCAGAGAUUCCAGCCUUUCAAAUCUGAUAGUCAUUGUUUUAACUGGAUUUGGAACAAAUGUGCAAUUAGUUGUUA